AUGGCUUCUGCAAGUGGACGAAGCAGGUACUUGGAGGCCAUCGUUGCUGGUCAGCUGCAGGCGCUGCAGACAGACUACCUUGACGUCUACAUGCUCCACGCAGCUGGGGUUUCGGGGCCGAAGCUGCAGGAGGUCUGGAGCUCCAUGGAGCGACUCGUGGACCUGGGUCGGGUGCGCGCGCUUGGGGUGUCCAACUUCGGCGUGCAGGAGCUGGAAGCUUUGUGGUCCUUCGCUCGCAUCAAGCCGGUCUACAUGCAGAACAUCUUCAAAGUCUACAAGCAAGGUGAGCAGAUUUUGGGCGGCGGUACGACUGGAGUGCUUGACUGGGCCAGGGCUCACGGCAUGAUCAUGGUCGGCUACAGCACAAUCAACUCCUGGCCCCAUCUGCUUCCACCGCUCCAAGACCCGCACGUCCUGGCCAUUGCCCGGGCCAAGGGCCGCACAGCGUCGCAGGUCCUCCACCGCUGGGCGCUGCAGCACGGGAUCGCCGUCAUCCCAAAGGCUUCGAGCAUGGAGCGCAUCCGGGAGAACUCCGAGCUUCUGGACUUCGAGCUCUCUGAGAUGCAAAUGGCAGCGUUAGAUGGCCUGGCGACGCUGAGUGAGUCUAAUCAUGCCGAAGUGCGACCAUCCUGGCACCAGGACUCUUGA